AUGUCCUCCAGCUGCUUUCAUCCAGCAUCUAAGAGUAAUGGCAGUAGUUGCAUCAACUGUUCUCUAAAUACAUUUCAGACUAAGGGAACAUCAUCCUUCGGCAAGCGUCGCAAUAAGACGCACACUUUGUGCCGUCGAUGCGGGUCUAAGGCUUACCAUCUCCAGAAGUCCACCUGUGGAAAAUGUGGAUAUCCUGCUAAGCGCAAGAGAAAGUAUAACUGGAGUGCUAAGGCUAAGAGGCGCAAUACUACUGGGACUGGCCGUAUGAGGUAUCUGAAAAAGGUCUACCGUAGAUUCAGGAAUGGAUUCCGUGAGGGAACAGCACCAAAGCCCAAGAGAGCUGCAGUUGCAGCUUCCAGUUCAUCUUAAGGACUCAAAUACCUGUUGAAAAUAAACGGCCUGAACCAUGGAGAAAAUUUGUCAUCUUUAUAUAUGAUUCAUUGUCUGGUGUUCGACAUAAUUGAAUCCUUUAUCCCAAGUUUGAUUAUUCAGACUGUUCCUGAGGAAAAGCUUGAGCUGAAAUUUGGGGAAAUCUAUAAAACUUGAAAAACAAAGCCACAUCUCUUAAAAUGUAACUUGUUAGAUAAAGCUUCCCUUGGGAAGUGUGGUACAGUUGGACACGCCUCGGUCCAGUUAAAUCAGAAUUAAAGAUCAUGACAGACUCAGUCAAAAAAAUAAAGGGUUUUUCCCUCCA